AUGAGUGAGAAAAAAAAUGACUUCUUUUCAUUCUUUAAUAGUUCUUAAAAGAAGAAGGAGACUAAAAAAAUAAUCUUUGAUGAAAAUUUCUUUAAUUUACAAGUAAAUGGAGGAAAGAUUCAUAGUGAUAAGAUUAUAAUAGAAGCAAUAUCAAUAGUUGGUAAUAGUAUAACGAUAAUAAAAGACAAUGAGAAGUUGGAUACAGAUAUUAAAUGGUUUUAGAUUUCACCAAAUAAUGAUUUCAAUACUUUAGGAAUAAGUGGAAACUCAUAUUAACCUAGUAUUGAAGAUGUUGGAUCUAAGUUUAUGAUUUAAGUCGUACCAAUAAAAGAGGGAAGAUAAUAUGAAGGAAUGCCAAAAUCAAUGGAAAUAGGACCAUUAUAAAAAGAUGACUAAAUUUAAGAAGAGAUAGAUGAAUUAUUAGAGAAUGAAAAAAUGACUGUAUUUGUUACAUUAGAAUAAAUAUUAAGCAAGGAUUUUUAGAUUGUACUAAAAUAUUUAUUAAAAAGGAAGCAGAAUUGCCUAUUAAUUGCAUACUCAAAAUAACACUUAAAAAUAUGGAAUUAGAUUUAAAAUAAAAUGAUUAAAUUAUUCAUCAUAUUGAAGUUCCUUUAUAAGCACAAUAUCCAUCAUGUACAUCUAAAUAAGGCACUAAUGAGAGUUUUAUAUUAAAAGUAGAUUCAAGAAAUCAUUUCUAAUUGAAAGCAGCUGAUAAUUCUUAAAGAGAUAUUAUUUUAACUGUCAUUAAAGGGUUUUAUGGUAAAGGAAUAUGGAAAGAUCAUGAAGUUUAAUAAUAAGAUGAAAGUGAAAGUGAAGAUUAAGAUUAAGAUUAAGAUUAAGAUUAAUAAACAUAAUAAUAAUAAUAAUAAUAAUAAUAAUAAUAAUAAGAAUUUAAAAUAAAUUAAAAUCAUUAAGAAGAACAAUAGAUUUAACAAAAUCAAAUUUUAGUAGAGGAAAAUAAGGAAGAAGAAGUAGAAGUUCCACAAUAACAUUAAGAAUUAGUUGAGUCUAUUAUAAUAAAAAAUGAUGAAUAAGAACAAGUAAAUGUUCAUAUUGUAUAAAAUUUAUAAUCAGAAUAAUAAUUAGUAUAAUAAUUAGAAUAAUAAACAGAAGAAAAAUAAGUAACUGAAAAAAUAGAUUAAUUACAAUCUCAAAUAAUAGAAUUAGAUCAUUAAAUCUUAUAAAAUAAACUUACAUAAGAAAAUUAAGAAGAAGUAGAUUUAGAAUAAAAUUAAAUUAUAGAAUAAACUUAAAUCAUUCAAGAAUAAGAAAAUAUGAUAGUGAUUUAAGAAUAAAAUAAGCCAAUUGAACAAAUAGUUUAAAUAUCUCCUACAAAAUAAGAUGAGAUUGUAUAAGAAGUAUAAUAAAAUAAUGAUAAGAAAUUAUCUGAAGAUAGUAAACAGGAAUAAAAUAAUGAAUAGUAAUAGACUGAUUUAUAAUAAUAAUGUUAAAUAUAAUAGAUUGAAUAAUAAGAAUAAUAAGUUAAAGAUAUAGAGAUUAAAUAAAAGAAUGAGAAUAUUAAUAAUAAAUAAAGUGAUUAGAACAAUUAGAUUAAUAAUGAAGAAUAAUAAUUGAUACAAAGAUCUGAACAUAAAUUUUAAUCGGUGAUAAUUGUAUCAGAAAAUAAUAAGGAGGAGAAAGUUAGUCCUAUAAAAAAGAAAGAGAAGAAAAACAAUAUGGAUUUAUAUAUACAAAUAAAUGAAAAUGUUAAAUUAAAAUAAGAUAUUGAAUAAUAUAAAAUAAGUUAAUAGAAGGAUUAGGAAAUAAUUUAAAAAUAAUAAAAAUAAGUAAGUAAUAAAAUUUAAAUAGAUCCAAACAAUAACAGAGUAAUUGAAUAAUUGUACAAAGAAUUAUUAUUUACUUGAGGAGGAAUGUACAAAUUAAAAGAAAAUAAUGCAUAAUUUAAAUGAUUAGAAAGUGUUUUUAUAAUAGGAUAUAAAUAUGUAUAAGACUUAAUUAUUGGAAUUAACCGAAGUAAGUUAAAAUUAGAAGGAAGAGAUUUAGUAAUUAUAGAAGAGAUUGAAAAGAUAAUAGUAAUCUCAAGAUUUGAAUGAAGCUAAGAAAUAAAUAGAGUAGUUAAGAGAAGAUAUAGCUAAGAAGGAUUUAAUGUUGGAAGCAGCAAAUAAAGAUCAUAUAUUAGCAUAAUAGAAAAUAGAAGAUUUAGAAAAGGUAAUAGAAGGAUUUUAGAAUCAAUUAAUUCAUGAGAAAAAGAAAUAUGAGAGUUUAGCUAUGGAGAAGGGGAUUAAACAAUCGUAAAUAAUGUAAAAGGAUGUUUAAAGACUAUAAUUUGAGAGACCAAUUUCAAAAGAGAUAAAAGCUGUCGCAUAAUCAAUGAUAUAAUUAGAUGAUGCAGAGAAAUACUCAAUUGAUAUAAGUUAGAGUUUAUCGAAGUAAAUAAAAGAUUAAUUAAAUAGCUUAGAUAGUAUUAGUGAAGUAAAUAGAUUGAAGAAUUAGAUUAUGCAUUUAGAAGCUACAUUAAGAAGGUAUUUAUAAAUAAUAUGUUAUAAUAAUAGUUUGAAGAUUGCAUAUGAAUAAGAUAUUAGGUAUACAAAAGGAAAGUAAGGAAAAUCAUCUACUGGAAGUAGCAAAGAUAUUAAGUAUUUAUAACAUAUAGCAAAUAAUAUGGCAGAAAUAAUUACAGAGAAAGAUUCUUAAUUAGAGAAUCAAAAAAGAAUAAAUAAAGAAUUGCUCACUAAAUUAUAGAUUUUAUAAUAAUAGUAGUAAUAAAUAUGA